ACUCUCACACCACCUCCGAUUGUAUUUGUCUGAUUUUUCCUACACAAUGACGGAUAAUAAUUCAACUUUGUCCAAUCAACCCAAGUACGAGGACGCCGGUUCAUCUGAAAGUCCAGAACAGCUUUAUUCCGGCCAUGCCCAAAGAUACAUCUCCAGACGGUCUAACGUCAAUGACAUCGAGAACAACGACCAGGAGGGUAUCUACUCAGAACAAUUAGCUCACAUCUUGACAAACCCAAAAGGUAUCGAGAGAAUUCAGUCGUUGGCCAGAACUUUGUCGCACCGUACCAAGGCCCAGAUGAGUGAAUUUGCCGUCCACGACGACGACUUUGACUUGCAGUUCUUGCUCAACUACUUGAGCAUCAAGUCUCAGGAGCAGGGUAUCGAAUCUGGUGCCGCAGGCUUAGCUUUCAAGGGCAUCACUGCCGUCGGUGUGGAUGUGUCCGCCGCGUACGGUCCGUCCGUUGAAGAAAUGGUCAGAGACGCUAUCAAGUGGCCAUUCAAGUGGUUCAAGAAGGACACCAGACCUCUCAGAAAUAUCAUUGAAAACUUCACCGGUACCGUUGAGGCCGGUGAGAUGUGUUUCGUCGUUGGUAGACCGGGUGCCGGAUGCUCCACCUUGUUGAAGUGUCUCACUGGCGAGACCUCCGAGUUGGUUUCUGUCGACGGUGAGUACCAGUAUGAUGGUAUCAGUCAGCAGGAGAUGAUGAGUGACUACAAGGGCUAUGUUAUCUACAACCCGGAGUUAGAUGCUCAUUUCCCCUUGGUUACUGUUAAGGACACCAUCGACUUUGCGUUGAAGUUGAAGACCCCAAACAGACGUAUUGACGGGAUCUCUAGAAAGCAAUAUAUCUCUACCAUGAGAGACUUGUGGUGUACCGUGUUUGGUUUGAGGCACACCUACGGCACGAAUGUCGGCAAUGACUUUGUCAGAGGUGUUUCCGGUGGUGAGAGGAAAAGAGUGUCCAUUGUCGAAGCCUUGGCCUGUAACGGAUCCAUUUACGCUUGGGACAAUGCCACCAGAGGCUUGGAUGCCUCCACUGCUUUGGAAUUCACCCAGGCCAUCAGAACUGCCACCAACAUGUUGCAGAAUUCCGCCUUUGUCGCCAUCUACCAAGCUGGCCAAAACAUUUACGAAUUGUUUGACAAGGUAACCAUCUUGUACUUGGGCAGACAGAUCUACUUUGGCCCAGCCUCUACCGCUAGAGCCUACUUCGAGAACAUGGGUUGGUACAAGCCUCCCAGAAUGACUGAUCCCGAGUUCUUGACCUCUGUCACCGAUCCUAAUGGCCGCACUGUCAAGCCGGGUUUCGAGAGUAAAGUACCAACCACCGCCCAAGAAUUCGAACACUAUUGGUUGAACUCUCCAGAGUAUCAGGCCUGCCUCGCUGAAUACGACAGCUACGUUAGUGCCCACCCGAUCGAGGAAACCAGAGCUCGAUUACACAACGUCAAGAUGCAGAGAAAGGAAGCAAUGUCCAGAUCAAAGUCCCAAUUCGUGGCUUCGUACUUCACCCAGGUAUCUACUUUGAUGACCAGAGGUUUCCAAAGAACCAAGGGUGAGAUGACCUACCAGACGAUCUAUAUCUCUUCUUUCAUCAUCAAGGGCUUGAUUGUUGGUUCCAUGUUCUGGAAUAUUCCCGAAGACACUUCUGGUGUCUUUUCCCGUGGUGGUAUCUUGUUCUACUGUUUGCUUUUCUGUGCCGUCACCUCGUUGGCGGAAAUCUCUCAUUCCUUUUCCCAUCGUCCUAUCAUCUUGAAGCAAAAAUCCUACUCCAUGUAUCACCAGUCCGCCGAGGCGCUACAGGAAAUUAUUACCGAAAUUCCAGUAAAGCUUGUUGCUGUGAUAAUCUUGGCGUUGACCGCCUACUGGAUGCCAAAGUUGAAGCACGAAGCCGGCGCCUUCUUUAUGUUCAUGUUGUUCUUGUUGACCAUCCAACAGUGCAUGUCGUUCAUCUUCAAGGUGGUUGCCACAAUUACCCGUGACGGUGGUACCGCUCACGCCAUUGCCGGUUUGUGGGUCUUGAUGUUGUGUGUCUAUGUUGGUUUCAUUAUCCCAUUGCCAUCUAUGCAUCACUGGGCCAAGUGGAUUAACUGGAUCAACCCAAUGAGAUACUGCUUCGAAUCAUUACUUGCCACCGAAAUGCACGGUAGAAUGAUGAGGUGUACUUCGUUGAUCCCAGCCGGUGAGGGCUAUGAAAACGUCGAUAUUGCCAACCAGGUUUGUACCGUUGCAGGGUCCAUCAUGGGUGAGUUGUACGUUUCUGGCGACGCUUACAUCAAGGCUUCGUACAACUUCUCUUACGGCCACACCUGGAGAAACUUUGGAAUCAACAUUGCCUGGACCGCUGGCUUUAUCAUGAUCAAUGUCGGAUUGUCUGAAUUUGUCAAGUCCGUUGAGGGUGGUGGUGACAUGUUGUUGUACAAGAGGGGUCAUUUGCCAGACGGCAAUUCUGAAACCGCCGAUGCCAAGGUUGCUUCCAGAGACGAGAUGAUGGAAGCUCUUAACGGCCCUGGUGUUGACUUAGAAAAGGUUAUCGCCGAGAGAGAUGUCUUUUCGUGGCAAAAUUUGGACUACAUUAUUCCAUACAACGGUGCACAAAGGCAAUUGCUCUCCAAGAUCCAGGGUUAUGUCAAGCCUGGUACCAUGACCGCCUUAAUGGGUGAGUCUGGUGCUGGUAAGACCACCUUGCUUAACGUCUUGUCCCAGAGAAUCGACUUUGGUACCAUUACCGGUGAGAUGCUUGUGAACGGUCAUCCUGUCGAUGCCUCUUUCCAGAGGAGAACCGGUUACGUCCAGCAGCAGGACUUGCAUUUGGCCGAAUACUCUGUCAGAGAGUCGUUGCGGUUCGCCGCUUACUUGCGUCAGCCUGAAACUGUUUCCAGAGCCGAGAAAAACGAGUACGUUGAGAAGAUCAUCUCCUUGUUGGGUAUGCAGAACUAUGGUGAAGCCAUCAUUGGUAAGGUUGGUCGGGGGUUGAACGUCGAACAGCGUAAAAAAUUAUCCAUUGCCGUCGAAUUAGUCGCCAAGCCUUCGUUGUUGUUAUUUUUGGAUGAGCCAACCUCUGGGUUGGAUUCCCAAUCUGCCUGGUCCAUCAUCCAGUUCUUGCGUGCCUUAUCCGAUUCCGGUCAGGCUAUCUUGUGUACCAUCCACCAACCAUCGGCCACUUUGUUUGAGGUUUUCGACAGAUUAUUGUUGUUGAAGAAGGGUGGUAGAACUGUCUACUUUGGCGAUAUUGGCUCGAACUCUGAGACCAUGUUGACCUACUUUGAAAGGCAGUCUGGGGUCAAGUGUGGUGUGUCCGAGAACCCUGCUGAAUACAUAUUGAACUGUAUCGGUGCCGGUGCUACAGCCCACUCCAAGUUGACUUCUGAUUGGGGUGACCUUUGGAACGAAUCUCCGGAGUGUGCCCACGAACGCGCCGUCAUUGACCAACUUCACCGUGACUUGCCACAGAAGCCUGUUUCGCUGAAUCUCGAAGACUUGAAGUCCAAGUUUGCCACCUCUUACAGAAACCAAAUUUCUGUCGUCUUCAACAGAACCAGGCUUCAGUUUUGGAGAUCUCCGAUCUACAUUCGAGCCAAAUACUUCGAGGCUGUUGUUUGUGCUCUUUUCGUCGGAUUCUCUUUUGUUAAGGCCAACCACUCCCUUGCUGCCUCCCAGUUUGGUUUGUUAUCUAUUCUCAUGAUGUUGAUUAUUGCUUUGGCCAUGAUCAAUCAGAUUCACGUUUACGCCUAUGAUUCCAGAGAGUUGUUUGAGGUCAGAGAAUCUGCCUCCAAUACCUUCCACUGGUCUGCCUUGUUAUUGUCCCAGACUGCCUGGGAGAUCAUUUGGUGUAUGUCUUGUCAGUUCUUGUGCUUUGUUUGCUACUAUUUCCCAGCUGGAUUCUCAUCUACCCCAGAGCACGCCGGCUACUUUUUCUUGGUUUUCGUGAUCAUGUUCCCAAUCUACUACGUUUCAUACGGCUUGUGGAUUUUGUACUUUUCCCCAAACGUUCCAUCUGCUGCUAUGAUUAACUCCAAUAUUUUCGCUGCCAUGUUGUUGUUCUGUGGGAUUCUUCAACCGUACGACUUGAUGCCAGGUUUCUGGACUUUUAUGUACAAGGUCUCUCCGUUCACGUACUUUGUCCAGUCCUUUGUCUCUCCCUUGGUUGACAAGAAAGAGUUGAUCUGCAAGUCUUAUGAAUACUCCAUUGUGAGCCCUCCCACCGGUCAGACAUGCGGUGAGUACUUGAGACAUUACGCCAACACCUCCGGUGGGUAUGUCGGUAACCCCGAUGCCACCAGCUUGUGUGAAUACUGUCCAUACACCACCCAGGCCGAGCCAAUGGCCCUUGUCAACAUCAAGUGGUCUCAAAGAUGGAGAAAUUUUGGUUUCAUGUUUGCUUACAUCAUCUUCAACUUUGUUGCCAUGUUGGGCUGCUAUUAUAUCAUGAGGGUCAAGGUUUGGAGUUUGAAAUCUAUCUUGGAUUUUAAGAAGUGGUUCCACGGUCCAAGAAAGGACAGACAUGACCCAGAAUCUAAUGUUUUUGCCGCUCAACCAGGUGACGAAAAGAUAAUCAAGAAAGUUCAGUAAUCUUUCUGGCCC